AUGGUUGACAAGCUUGCCUCUGCGUAUGAUCUUAUAAAACGAGUCAAAAUUUCUCCUGAGAUACAGACAGAUUUUCAGUCAUUUUUUUCAGCUGAACAAAUAGAAGAACUUGACAAGCGAAUUUUGCUCCCAUUGAAAAUUCUUACAUGUCCUGAAACGCUGAAGCCGUUCUUAGGCUGCGAAUUUAAUCAAUUUGGGCUUUCUUAUAGGUCUCCGUAUAGUAAUACUUAUGUCCCUGAGCUUGAUAAAGCUUGCAAUUUAUCAAAAUCCUUAAGAGACAUAGAAAUAAGAGCAAACACUGUAUUAGAAGAAUAUCAAAUGUGCUACUAUAGUGAAGGGAUUUCAUCAGCUUUUACAAAAGAGACAUCAGAUAGGAGCUAUGAAGUCUGCUUUUUAAUAAAAAAACAAACAGACGAAGGAGAAUGGGAUAUCGCCCAUGUGAUUGAAGUGGUUUAUGAAGGACACCACAAAACAGUGUUUAAAAUCAAUACAAGGCUUUUGGUUACAAUAAAUUCUGAAGGGUUUGAUUUUUCUGCAAGCCAAGAUAAACAGGUUGAAGAAGUUGUACAAAGGGCUGAUGAUAGCAAAAUUGAGCUAACUUAUAUGAUAAAAGCUAUUGAAAAUGUUGAGGCACAGCUGAGAAGAGAAAUUGUUGGAUUCAUGGAAAGUAAAAUUAUACAAGUGACUGAACAAAUUAGAAAUUUAAUACCAGUUGGGAUGAGGAAAAGAGAUUUCGAAACCAAAAAGGCUGUGUGGGGAGAACUUAUUAACAAGAAAAACGUAAGUGAAGAGGAAAAAUUGAGUGCUUAA